GACAAGAACAGGAGGUUAUGUUGGCGCUCAGAUGUCGCGCGCAUUCGAAAUGUAACUGGCGAGGUAUCCAGAAGACGUAUCGUUGCCGAAUCCGCUUUCAUCCCGGCGAGAUUAUUUCGAGCCUCAUCAGGUUUGGCAGAUAUCGUGAACUGGAGGAUUGGCUAAUCGCAUAAGAGGCACGCGGCACGCGAAAACGCUACGAAAAUCAGUGCAUAUCACCGAACGCGAUACGUGUGAACGUGACUGUCGAUCUACCCAGGAAGAAAGAGGUUGGGUUAUCAAGGCUUGUCGACGUAACGAGCGAACGUAAAGCGAGAAAAUUGAUCGUGAACGCAGCGAACGGGCGUGCAAAUCGCAAUACCUCCCCCCGAAUCGUGAAGCAGCGGCCAGGGGUCACGAUAUGAGUACUCAGCAGAGCCCGGCCGCCCUGCAAUCCACCGUCGACCGCGAGAAGGUCUACACGUGGAUAAUCGAGCUGUCGAAUCCGGAGACGAGGGAGAAUGCUCUCCUAGAGUUAAGCAAGAAGCGUGAAGUAGUGCCCGACCUGGCACCUAUGUUGUGGCACUCGUUCGGCACUACGGCAUCCCUCCUGCAGGAGAUCAUUAACAUCUAUCCGGCGAUCAACCCUGCGACCCUCACGGCUUAUCAGAGUAAUCGGGUAUGCAACGCCCUGGCGCUGCUGCAAUGCGUGGCCAGUCAUCCCGAGACGAGGUCUGCAUUCCUACAGGCACAUGUUCCAUUAUUCCUGUAUCCAUUUCUGCAUACCGUAAGCAAAACGCGACCCUUCGAAUAUCUUCGUUUGACGAGUCUCGGAGUGAUCGGCGCAUUGGUCAAAACCGACGAGCAAGAAGUGAUCACCUUUCUUCUCACUACCGAGAUCAUCCCGCUUUGUUUACGAAUUAUGGAGAGUGGCUCGGAACUGAGUAAAACCGUGGCGACAUUUAUAUUGCAAAAGAUACUGUUAGACGACAGUGGCCUGUCCUACAUCUGUCAAACCUAUGAUAGAUUCAGUCAUGUCGCUAUGAUAUUAGGAAAAAUGGUUUUAUCCUUGGCUAAAGAUCCUUCAGCAAGAUUGCUCAAACAUGUAGUACGGUGUUAUUUAAGACUCUCCGAUAAUCCGAGAGCAUUGUUAGCCUUGAGACAGUGCUUGCCGGAUCAACUGAGAGAUAACACAUUUGCCACAUGUUUGCAAGAAGAUGCUUCAACUAAGCAUUGGUUGAAUUUGCUUCUAAAGAAUCUGGAGACCGGUCCGCAACAGGUUCCGCCGGCUCAGCAGGGUCAACAAGAUCCCAGGACGUCGAUUGGUAUGUCGCCACUUACAUCUUAAAUUAUCCUCUCUUCUGAUGAUAUUCGGCAUAGGAGAAUAGACUUCAAACCCUUCUAUCCGUAAGUCGCACUAUAUCCUUUUUUACGAAACGGUACAUGAUAAUAAACGGCCAUGCCAUCUGCAUAUUGUUACAUGUAAUUAUGAAUUGUGCUGUGAAAUGUAGUAAUAAGACUAAUAAGUAUGUCGUCCGAUUGGCAAUUCAAGUACAUUAUGAUUGUUGUAAAUAUGUAUAAACUCCUGCGGUGAAAUCUACCAAUUAUAAUCGGUUCGAUAUGUCAACAGACAUUGAACUUUUUCUCGAACUUUACGGUUACCGAAUAAUAGCCUUAACAUAUAUAAAUAAAAAAUGUUUUGUACGAACAAGGUAUUAUGGUAUAGGAAUUUUAAAGCGAGAUAUGUGACAUACGUAAUAUAUGAGAACAAGCAAGUGUGAUUAUCUACAUUCUAUCGAGAUAAAUCGACUCUAUUAAUUUAUAUUAAUCAUUAUAUUUACGCUCAGGCGCCGGGUAUUUUGGUAGAUUUUACAACAUAAAUGUGUUAUUCAUUGCCUAAAAAUUUAUACCAUGAAUCAGUAUUCUUUUGCGCAAAAGUCAUUCUUCAACGUGUAUACAAAUAGAAGUGCAAAUAUAUUAGAACUAAUAUUUGUUCUUUUUGUAAAUUA